AUGCCAGUCUCGACCUUAGGGCGAUCUGUCCUCACCGUGGGCUGCUCCGCGGUCUACAUGUACCACGUCUAUUCGAACAUGCCUGAGGAGCGGCAGGCGGCGAUCCAGGAGGCUGGCUGGAAAACUGUCGGCUCAUUCACCGACGACCCUUACGGCAGCACCGAGCGCCUCGUGAAACGGGUCGGGGGAGGGCUUGGCCAGCAGGAGGCCUCGCUUAUCUUUGCCUGUGUCUGCUGCAAGAUCCUCGCCGUGAUCUUCCGUCGGAAGCACGAGCGCUCUCUGGCGGCGGAAGAACAGCCCGCAGAGGAAGAGGAGGCCGAAAAGCCAGCGGCCGGCAGGCGGCCAAAGAAGGGGAAGGCGAAGGAUGCGAAGAGCUCCUAG